AUGGCAGAAUCCCCGGGGACGUCGCCAGCUCGGGGCACCAAGCGCAAAGCAGAUGAGAUGCAAGGACCGCGCCGCAUACGCGCUCUACACCAGGAUGUCGUCAACAAAAUUGCCGCCGGAGAGAUCAUUGUCGCACCCAUGCAUGCACUGAAAGAGCUCAUCGAGAACGCUGUUGAUGCCGGGUCCACCAGUCUAGAGAUUCUCGUCAAAGACGGCGGCUUGAAGCUGUUGCAAAUCACCGACAACGGCUGCGGCAUCAAUAAGGACGAUCUCCCCAUUCUGUGCGAACGCUUUACCACAAGCAAGUUGAAAGCUUUCGAAGAUUUGACGAGCAUCGGCACCUAUGGAUUCCGAGGCGAGGCUCUGGCGAGCAUCAGCCAUAUUGCUCAUCUAACCGUCACCACAAAGACCGCGGAGUCCAGUUGUGCGUGGAAAGCACAUUACCUUGGUGGCAAACUCGCGCCACUGAAGCCAGGGCAGAGUGAGGAGCCAAAGGCGUGUGCUGGGAGACCAGGCACCCAGAUCGCGGUGGAAGAUCUGUUCUACAACGUUCCCAGCCGCCGGCAGGCUUUCAGAUCUCCCAGUGAGGAAUAUGCAAAGAUCGCCGAUGUGGUUGGCAAGUAUGCUGUACAUUGUCACGGUGUUGCUUUCUCUUGCAAGAAGCACGGUGAGGCUGGCGCGGGCAUUGCUGUUCCUGCCAAUGCUACUACGCGAGAUCGGAUACGAAUGAUUCACAACACCGCCAUCGCAAAUGAGUUGAUCGGACUGGAUCUGGCAAAUUCUCAAUACGGCUUCAAAGUCGAUGGACUGGUCAGCAAUGCAAACUACCACGGCAAGAGAACGACCUUCCUCCUCUUCAUCAACCACCGCUCCGUGGACUCCUCCAACAUGAAGAAAGCCAUCGAUCAAACAUACUCCAUGUUCUUGCCCAAGGGCGGGAAACCUUUCACCUAUCUCAGUCUAGAGAUUGACCCGGCCAGAGUGGACGUCAACGUGCACCCGACGAAGCGAGAAGUCAACUUCCUCAACGAAGCCGAGAUCAUCGAACUCGUUUGUGAUGAAAUCCGCACAAGACUUGGCCAAGUCGACACCAGUCGGACGUUUAUGACGCAAAGUCUUUUGGGCGGCGGCGUGACUCCAAGCAUCUCCAAGGCCAACAUUCCUCCCACAGAAACCCCUUCGACCCAGCGUCCUACGCAACAAGGGCGAUCUACAGCAAAGCCUUCCACUCAGAAGCCAUACGAAAACAACCUGGUCCGAACAGAUGCCAAAAGCCGCAAAAUCACCACGAUGCUGCCCCAGCUGCAGUCAAAUGCCACGCUAUCUCGGGAACCGACAGCGGAUGGGGUGGAAUACGAGUACACAGAGAGGGAAGCGACGAUCUGCCGCCUCACCACGGUCAAAGCACUUCGCGCUACUGUUCGCGAGAACAUGCACAACGAGCUGACAGACGCGUUUGCGAACCAUAGCUUUGUCGGGAUCGUGGACGAUCGGAAACGCAUUGCAGCCAUCCAAGGCGGAGUCAAGCUCUUCCUCGUCGACUAUGGAAUGGUCGCAGCAGAGUACUUCUAUCAGCUUGGCCUGACGGACUUUGGGAACUUCGGCUCGAUUCGGUUCAACCCGCCCUUGAGCUUGAAAGAGCUACUCGAUAUCGCAGUUGAACAAGCCAAGGCUCAAGAACCCGAUCGAACGGACUUCAACUGGGACGAAGUGGCGCCUACCGUGUACGAUCAGCUGGUUUCCAAAGCAGGCAUGCUCACCGAGUAUUUCUCGCUCGAAAUCUCCCCCGAAGGCGACCUGCUCUCCAUCCCGCUGAUGAUGAAAGGCUACAUGCCUUCCCUGGCCAAGCUGCCCCAUUUCCUCAUCCGAUUAGGACCGCAUGUGAAUUGGAGGGACGAGAAGGGCUGCUUCCACAGCUUCCUGCGCGAGCUCGCGAGUUUCUACGCGCCGGAAAGCCUGCCGGGCGAGUCGUCGGGGAAAGAUGGUGCAGAGGAAGAAGAUGCAGAGCUUGUGAGCAGGCGGAGGGAGCUGCAUCGUGCGGUUGAAAGCGUGCUGUUUUCCGCUUUCAAGGCGAGGCUGGUUGCUACGAAGGGGUUGUUGAAGGGCACGAUUGAGGUGGCGAAUUUGAAGGGGUUGUAUCGGGUGUUUGAGCGAUGCUGA